AUGGCACCAAAAAACAGGCACAGUUUGAAGAAGGCUUCACAGGAAAAGAAGAAGCUGGAAGAAUGCACGAAGGAGGAGCCAACGAAGCAGAAGUCCAAGAAUUCAGCCAAAGCAGAAGAACUCAACAAGAAUCAAAAUGCAAGUGAAAAACAAAAGCAAACAAGCAUAAAGAAAGAAGGUGAAUUGAAUAAGCUUCUUUCUGGAUUCAAGAAGGAGAAGGAGUCCGAACCUGUACAAAUCAAGCGGGAGGAAAACAAGAGCAAAUUCAAGCAAUUUCUUGUAAGAAUAAGCAAGUUCUUCAAGUAG